AUGGCGUUACGCUUACGUGACGAGAGAGCUAGGCCUAGAAUGGGCAAAUCCGGGUUCACCGCCCAGAUCGGUAUGGAACGCCUGAAACAGAAUUACGGUACGGGUCCAGUGGAGUCUGCAGCUGCACGACGUGGUCCAAUAAAGGAUCCAAAGCCAGAUGAGGAGAAAUCAAGAAGAGGAGAUAGAGGCUGGCUGGCAGAAGAGGGAGGGGGUGGUGGUGGUGGACAGCUGGGGUAUAUCAGACAUGGCAUUGGAAGAGCAGUGGAAGAUGAUCGAGGGGAUGUGAUUGAGAUGGCUACUUGA